AUGCCCCGCCCCCUUCUCGAAACCACGGAGAAGCGGCCCUCUGUAGUCGACCGGCCCAGCGGGGAGCGCGGCAGCCAGCUCUGGACCACGUGGGCGACCCCACCCGAGGCUGCCUCAGGAAAGGAACGUAUCCAUGUUCACUGUAUCAAAGAUGAGCAGUAUUGGACUGUAGUGAAAGAGAGUUGGACCAAACAUGAGGCAACAGAGCCCUACAGUACUAAAAAUGAUAGGUUGUUUAAUACAAAAAAAAAAAAAUACGAUAUGUGGAUGAUGAGGAAAAUUUACAGAUAAGUCUUUGAAAAGCAUGGUGGCAACUAUCAGUGGUUCUUCCUUGCACACCCCACUACAUUUGCUGCUGGUGAAAAUUUAAAGUAUCUUCUGUUUACUAGGGAUGCAUCACAACCUUUCUAUCUGGGCCAGACUAUAACAUCUGGUGACCUCGAAUACAUGACUAUGGAAGGAGGAAUUGUCUUUUAAGGAUAGAGUCUGAAAAGCAGCCUUCUCAAUAAGUCUGGAAAGUGUGCAGAUCAAAGUGUGAUUUAGAAGUUAUCUGAAGAUAUGCAGCUGGCAGUUGGCCUGAAUCCAAGAGUUCUUGCAGAAAAUGCAGAGGAUUCCAAAAGAAGAGCUGUAUUUAAUACAAAACCAAUUGCACAUCUUAUUCAAGAGAUAAUGUAAUCCCCUCAGCAAGUAGUAGAAGGCUGCUGUUCAGAUAUGGCUAUUACUUUAAAUGUACUGACUCCUAAAAAGAUGAUAGUAAUGAUGUAUGGUGUGCACCGGCUCAGGGCAUUUGGACAUUAUUUGAAGGACACGCUGGUUUUCUUGCAUCCAAAUGGUUCAGAAAAUGACUGA